AUGCGUCACGAUGGCCGUUGCGACUGGGUGCGGCAGUCUGCACCGAUGCUCGAUCAAUGCUGGUGGAGGAGCCAUCGGAGGAGAAUGGCUGGAUCCCACGCUGGCUGGGGACCACUUGCCCCUUCCUGGCUCUGUCUGGCUGGGGUCUGGCUCCUUGGCUCCCCUGUGGAGACCUUCAACUUGCACGCCGACAAUCCCACGUUCUUCUCUGGACCCAACGGGAGCUACUUUGGCUUUGCCUUGGACUUCUACCGGGACAGUAAAGGCAGCGUGAACGUGGCGGUGGGAGCCCCUCGAGCCAACACCUCUCAGCCUGGAGUGGUGGAGGGAGGCGCUGUCUUCCUGUGUCCCUGGAAGCCCAGUGGUGGCCCAUGCACCCCCGUUCAGUUUGAUGCCGAAGGUGACCGCACCGGCAUACACAGGUCCGUUACUGCGAAAACAUUCAAGUCCAACCAGUGGUUUGGAGCAUCUGUAAACACCUGGAAAGACAACAUCCUGGCCUGCGCCCCUCUACUGCAAUGGAAUGUCACUCAGGGCCAGGAGGAGGCCACCAAGACCCCCGUAGGCAGCUGCUGGGUGGCCACUAACAGCCUGCAGCAUUUCAUCGAAUACUCCCCGUGCCGUGCAAUCCAAACCCACUCCGUGUACAGGGCUACGGGUUUUG